GAAGUAGCAUGUGAAUGAAAACAAAGAUAAGUGAAAGGGGAGUGAAUUAAGGUGGUACUUUGAGAAGGCAAAGGCAGAGAGUCUGAGACUUUGUGUGGCGAUUGUCAGGCAAUUCACUCUGAGAUGGAUCAGACCCAAUUGUCCAUCCAUAGUCCCCACUCUCUCUCUCUCUUUAUAGGUCCCACCACACACACCCCCCUUCUUCAUACACCACACCCCUUCACCUCUUUCUCUUCUAUUAUUAUUUUCUCUCACAAUUUCAAACACACUCUUUAUUCAUUCUCAUCAUGGACAACAACAAAAUCACUGAAAGAGAAACACAUGACUUAAUGAACGUUGAGUCUUUCUCUCAACUUCCCUUCAUCCGCCCUCCACCAAAAGAAAAAGGCAUCCGCCUCUUCGGUAUCGAAUUUGGCGGAUCAGAUGCCACCACCACAGACCACCACUCUGACUCACCAGAAACAACAACCAACAACAUUAACACAUUUGAAAUUGUUGAUGACAACAACAACAUUAACAACAACGAGAACAACAACAACAAUGAAAACAAUCGAAGAUUCGAAUGCCAUUAUUGUUGUAGAAAUUUCCCGACUUCACAAGCUUUAGGAGGACACCAAAACGCACACAAAAGAGAAAGACAACACGCGAAACGCGCACACCUUCAAUCAACUAUGGUACAUGCUACAUCUUUCUCUGAUCCACAUCUUUAUCAUCAUCAUCAUCAACAACAACAUCCAUUCAUAAACUAUAGAUUCACAUCAUCAUCAUCAUCAUCAUUAUCAUCAUCAUCAAUGGCUUCUUAUCCAACAUGGAACAACAACACAAACUCAAGUGCUGCUAGGUUUUAUAACCACCACCCAAAUUCUUCUUCUUCUUCAUCUUCUUACUCUCAACCUAUUAAUGGUAGUCCGUUAGCUUUUUGGAGAAUCCCAAACGGUGCCGUUCAGAGUAACCCUAGUUUCAACCAUGAACGCUCUUUGCCUUUGCUUGCAUCUGAGGAAAGGGGUAUGCAAGUUGGACAUGGAGUACCUUCAGCUUCUUCUUCGACGCAAAAUCGCUAUGUUUAUGACGCUAAACGUAGUGACCAUGUUAGUUUGGAUCUUCAUCUUUAAAAAUUUGCUUUAAAUUAGGAUCUGCAACUGCAAUUGAAGUCAUAAUAGAACAGUUUUUGAAGUGUCUACAACAACAUCGCAUCUGUAAUUGUUGUUGCAACGGUUGCAUCAUAAUCUGAGCUGCAAUUUAAAACUAUGCUGGUAAUAACAUGUCAAUUAUUCAUACAAAUAGUAUUAGUGUCGGCCAAUUAACUUAUUAGGAAUGAUUGAGCUAAGUUAUGAGAUUGUAAGCAACUUGGGAGAAUAAUAUUUAUUUAUAUAUAUAUAAAAUAUUAGAAAUUUCUUCCCUUUA